AUGGCCGCCAAUGGCAUCCCCAACAGCCUCGAAAAGAUGAAGCACCUCGACAUUGACGGGCACGAGCUCCCGCCCUCGCCCGCUCCGUCGAGCCCUUCCAAUGGCCGGCGCAAGUACGCCCUCGCCACUGAGCUCGUCUACACCGAGAGCAGCGACCAGUACAACGCCAGCAGCGUCCCCAUUUACCAGUCUGCCACCUUCAAGGGUGGCCCUGGUCAAGAGUACGACUAUACUCGCAGCGGCAAUCCCACCAGAACCCACCUCGAGCGUCACAUGGCCAAGAUCAUGAAUGUGAACAGAGCGCUGGUCGCGGGGUCGGGUAUGGGUGCACUGGAUGUCAUUACGAGGCUGCUGAAGCCUGGAGACGAAGUUGUCACGGGAGAUGAUCUGUAUGGCGGCACCAACCGGUUGCUCACGUACUUGAAAGAGAACAAUGGAAUCACCGUACACCACGUUGACACCACCAACUUGGAUGUCGUCAAAACGGCAAUCACGGAGAAAACAACCAUGGUGCUGCUUGAGACUCCCACCAAUCCUUUGAUCAAGAUCGUGGACAUCAGUGGUAUUUCAACCAUCGCUCACAACGUCAACGAGAAGACCAUUGUGGCAGUGGACAAUACCAUGCUUUCGCCAUACCUCCAGAACCCGACAGACCUGGGUGCGGAUGUUGUAUACGAGUCCGGCACCAAGUAUCUCAGUGGCCAUCAUGAUGUCAUGGCCGGAGUCAUUGGGACCAACGAUACCGCUCUCGCCGACAGGUUCUACUUCAUGAUCAACUCAACCGGCUGCGGGCUUGCGCCAUUCGACAGCUGGCUUCUGCUCCGUGGAGUCAAGACUCUCGCUGUCCGCAUGGAGAAGCAGCAAGCCAACGCAGAUGCCAUUGCACACUUUUUGGAGUCCCACGGUUUCAAGGUUCGCUACCCAGGCCUCAAAUCACACCCACAAUACGCGUUGCAUUGGUCUCAAGCUCGUGGCGCGGGUGCCGUGUUGUCUUUCGAGACCGGGUCCAUUCCACUCUCGGAACGAAUUGUCGAGUCCACGAAGCUCUUCGGCAUUUCAGUCUCUUUUGGUUGUGUCAACAGCUUGAUCUCCAUGCCUUGCCGCAUGAGUCACGCCAGUAUUGAUCCGGCCACUCGCAAGGAGAGAGCGCUUCCUGAAGACAUUAUCAGGCUGUGCAUCGGCAUCGAGGAUCUUGACGACUUGAAGGACGACCUCUCGCAGGCGCUUGUUAGGGCUGGUGCGGUGAGGCUGACGGAGCAUGGCUUCCACGCUUUGAGUCCAGGUGAAGUACUGGGCGAGACGGGCCGUACGACACAAGUCGUUGACGAACCGUAA